AUGUUGUGUGGAAAAUUACUAUUUGUACUUUUGCUACAAGCAAUUUUAAAUAUUCUCAAUUCUCAGGUACCACCUGGAGCACGAGUAUCAACAGUGAUAACAAAAUAUAUGACACCAGUGAUAACAGCAAAAGAUAAUCUUACUUAUGAAAGUCAUGCAUCAAACAUCGAACAGUUGCAAUUUGUUGUUUCAAAGGAAACUGUCAAAGGUCGUGCUAAACAUCCAAAUGUUACCUUUGCCAUUCAGAUUACACGAAAAUCAUGCAAAGCGAUAAAGCUAUGUUUCGGGAAUAAAACUAAUUUAUUCCGCCAUUUCGAUUUGCUCUCAAAGGUAAAAUAUGGUGAAACAGGUUACGAUAAAAAGUUAAGCAAAGAAGUUUUUGCACUGGUAGAACGAUCAGUAUAUGAAGUAGAUGCAUGCGCAGGAAUGACAGCAAUUGAAUGGGAAUUCCCGAUACCAUGGUCAUGGAGUAAUUCAAGUCAACAAAAAGGAUACAUGCAUUAUUCAGCUCUGUACAAAGGUGGAGUACCAAGUAGUUAUCGUUCUAAAAUGAGUGGUAUUUCAAAUGUCGAAACAAUUAUCAUACAUAAUGAUCUGGGAUCAAAACCUCAGAAACUUGGUUUGGAAGUGAGACAUGGACCAAUACUUUUCCGUAAGCCAAUAGAUGAAACAACACCUGCUUACACAACAUUUUAUGAAACAUUCGAUUUAUGGUCCAAAUCAAAAGAAUUAUAUUUUGUUCUUGCACAAGAUGCUAAUUCAUGUGGUGCUCGUUUUUCAGCACCACCAACCACUCAUACAUUCAUGAAACGCAGUGUUAUUUUUAAUUUCCGUCCUGGAAUAAUGUAUCGCAUCAGAAAAGGUGUCAAUAUCUGGUCUAUACCUCUUGGUUUUAUAGUUGGUACCUGCGUUGGUGUUUUUGGAGCUAGUUUUUUACUGUGUCGAAAUUCGAAAAAUUAUUAUAAACGAUGGAAUGCACAAAUGAGGAAAACAUAUGGGAGAUUUGCAACAACCGAUGUAUCAACGAUGGCCGGUAUUUCACAAGCAACUACAGUUGGUGGUGUGUCUCAAAUGACGGGAAUAUCACAGAUUGGUGAUACGACGAUAGGUUUACCCACUAAUACAGAAGGUGUGUCGCAGAUUAAAUGA